AUGUUCCAGGUACUGUGUAACCAGCCUUUUUUUCACCACAUACUUUUUGCUGACCAAUAAAGGUUUCAAGAAAGCCUUCCAUGUUGAAGCCAGAAGAGAGUACGACCAGGAAAAAAGGGUAGCACAGAUAAAAAAAACAAGUGGACCAACUUAAGUCUGAAAAGGAUCCUUCCAGGGCUGGAAUUUUUCUCAGAGAAGAUCAUGUCCUAAAACCUCAUGACUCCAAAACUAUAAGACAGAAUAUGCUGGCAAUUGAAAGCAUUGAAACGUCUAUUGAUAAGGUGGAAAAAAGCCUCAAGGAAAACAUGAAAAAAACUUUCAUUCAUCCGGCAGAAUUUUGACCGGACGUAAAACAGCACAUGAUUUUGAUGAAAGUCAGCUAACUUACUUGCAGGCUCUUAGAAGUGAGUUAAACAAUACACGUGCUAGACUUACAGAACUUGAGAAAACAUGCAAUUCAGCAUUUAAACACACUUUUUUUUCCGCUAUGAAAAGGAAGUCCCGCUCAAAGAAGCAAAACAGCAGCAAGAGCAAGAAAAGGAAGAAGAAGCGAAAUGUAGCAAGAACAACAGAGAUUUUAAGGAAGAUUGCUCCAGGGUUCAAGGAAGGAAAGGCAUGUACAAAGGACGAUUUAAGCGCGGGAUCAUCAAAGAACUUGGAAAGAGAGAAAAAAAAUGGGCAAUAGCUUUGACAUCUUCAAGCUGUAAAUUACUUGAUUGCAGUGCCAAAUAUAUGGUAUGCAACAUUUUAGGUGUUGGUGGAAAUGCUAGUGAUGGCAGUGGAAGUUGGGAUGAAGCUGAUCAGGAUGAUAGUGGACGUGAUGAAAAUGCUAGUGAUUAUUGUGAAAGUGAUGAUGGUAGAACUGAUGAUAUAAAUAGAAGUGAUGUUGGAAGUGAUGCUGGAAGUGAUGUUGGAAGUGAUGUUGGAAGUGAUGUUGGAAGUGAUGCUGGAAGUGAUGUUGGAAGUGUUGGUAGGGACGGUGGCCAUGCUUGUGGCAAUUUGAUUGGGUUUGAAAAGGAAAUUGCUGAUGAUGACAGUAAUAGUUCAUACGAUGUUGGUCCAUACUGGGAAACCUCUGGAUGUAUACCUUACUGUCAACCAAUAUCUGACUCAGACUGA